AUGGAUUCCCUCUCAAUUCUCGCCAUGGCAGCAGCUCAAGUUCAACAACAAGAAUUAUCUCAGUCUCUUGAGUUUUCUCCAAACGGAACCUACGGAUUAAAUACUAACCAAAUACAAUUUAUUAUUAGGAAAGGAGAAGCUUCUGAUAUCCCAUUCCUUAGGGAUGUUGAACGCUCCGCAGGCAAUCGGUACAGAACAGUUGGUCUCGACUUCGUGGCUGAAAGCAAAUAUGUUGAUCCAGUAAGAUUAGAAUGUAUGGCUGAUGCAAAUCACCUCUGGGUUGCGGUCGAAAAAAAUGGGCUUAUCGGCUUUAUAUGUGGAGAAGAAAUGGACGGAAAUUUUCACAUAGUUGAAGUCUCCGUUUCACACGAGUACCAAGGGCAAGGAAUAGGGAAAGGUUUAAUGACAGCAAUGUUAGAGCAAAUCACACAGGAACGAUCCUUUAAGUCCGUGACCUUGACUACAUAUAGAAGUUUGUCAUGGAAUGGACCUUGGUAUUCUAGACUUGGGUUCGGAGAAGUUCAUCCUCGUCUACUAGGGAGUGCAUAUAACUUAAUUCUAGAGAUCGAGGAAGCACGGCACGGUUUCAAUCAACAAGAACGGUGCCUCAUGAUGAAAGAUCUUUUCUAUUGA